AUGAAGCUCACCACCCUCUUUGCCUUCUUCACCCCCUCUCUCGCCACCGCCGCCGUCUCCGUAGGCCACUACCACUGGGAUGUAGUCCGCGCCGGCACAGUCGACUCCUUCAAAUGGUCCUCCCCCUUCCCGGGCGACGGCUCCCCGCUCACCGGCUACACUACCGCCUGCGAAGAAAAAGCCAUCUUCAACGCCACACAGUACAGAUACACCGACCUCGGCGAAGCUCCCCCGGCCGGCGUGGCCCCCUGGGCCGGCACUAUCCGCCACCUCUUCACGAGUAGGGCCUACCCGGGCACGUGGCAGGGCGUCAACUUCAAGGGCGAUGAGCGCGAGAUCGUCUUCAUGGAGUACAAGGACGUUCCUGAGCUCGCGAGGAAUUGGAUCGAGGAGCAGCUGAAGGAUCCAAAGAUGAUGGCGAAGCGGUUCAUGGCUGUUCUGGGGAAGCGGAACGCUGAGGGGAAGGUUCCCCCGCAGGCGGAGUUGGAUGGGUUGAAGGUUGAGGAUAAGUUGUUCAUGUUUGCGCCGGCGGAGAUUUAUGACUUCUUGCCGCUUUGGGUGGCGAAGGGUGCCAAGGGUCAUAAGUGUGAAGAGAGACUCACAGAUAUUUCCAAGUACGUCAUGCAAGUAGACGGCGAUGGCAUCCUCGGAUGGGCCCAAACCCUCACCCGCCCCGACCGCGACAUCGGCAAGCGCGACGUGUCUUUUGAGAUCGACGCCCGCUUCGUCAUCGAGUCGGCGGAGGGACGCCAGGUGCGGCAGUUUUGGGAGAGGGCCUAUGCUAUGGGUAGGAGGGCGGAGAGGAAGAAGGUGAGGGAGGAGAGGCAGGGGAAGAGGCAGCUCAUGCAGGCGCAGCGCGCGGAUAAGGACGAACUUUGA